AGAGUUGGAUGUGUCAGCAAGAUGGCGGCGGGACGUUGUGUGCGGUGUUGACGAGGAGCAGUCAGGAGGACGGCGGCCAUCAGACACGUCAACCGGGACUGAGUGAAUGCAGGCCUAACCUAACCUAACCCAACCCAACCCAACCCAGUCCAGUCCGGCCCGGCCCGGUGCAGUCCAGUUCAGUGUGCAGGUGUCCUUCGGACUGCUGUCGCCUUUGCUACUCUUGAGAUGAGCCGAGGAGUCGGGAACCGGCCGGGAGGGUGAUUCGCCGCUUCAUUCGCCGGCCUGGAGGGUACAAGACGUUAAGAGGAGGAUGAAUCUUCACCAGGUCUUAACUGGUGCCGUUAAUCCCGGUGACAGCUGCUUCUCGGUGGGCAACGUCGGCGAUGAACCGUUUACGGCUUAUGCUUCAGGAUGUGAUGUCGUGAUUUUAGCCAGUGAUUUUGAAAGACUUCAAAUUAUUCCUGGGGCCAAACAUGGAAAUAUCCAAGUUGGAUGUGUUGAUUGCUCCAUGCAUCAGGGAAAGAUUGCAGCAUCGUAUGGAAAUGUAAUCUGCAUUUUUGAGCCCAUUGCACUUUUAAAUCAGAAAACUAAGCCUUCUAUGCAGCUUAAUUAUCAAUGGCAGAAGAGUGGACAGUUUGCACUGGAGUCAGUGGUACAUAACUUAGCAUGGGAUCCGCAAGGAAUCCGUCUCUUGACGGGUUCCAAUUCUUUACAGCUUUGGUCCAAUGGAAAUCUGGAAGCUAAUAUUAAUGAGGAGGAAACUGCAGAUGAGACAGAUCCAAGUAAAGUUGGUGAUUGGACAUGCGUCUGGGAGUCUAAUUACAAGAAUGUUCACACCAGGCUUUUCUUAAUCAAUAACAAGAAAAUCACUUUUUACAUUCCACUGCUGCCUUCCAUCACUUCAUUGAGUUUGAGUGAAAAUGAAGAAACUAAUGGACCUUUUGUUGUUCAUUGGCUAAACAACAAGGAAUUGCAUUUUACCUUAUCAAUGGAGGUCUUUUUACAGCAGUUACGAAGGAACUUGGAGCAGCAAUCUCCAGAAUCUGUAGCAGAUGAUGGACAAAUGGCCGGCAAAUCUGAUGAUGAAAUUGAUGAAAACAGUGAAUAUCGCAAAGGAUUUAUGCAAUCUGUACUUUCAGACAGAAGUAAUGGAGAAAAGACCUCAUCGGCUGUCAUGAUUGAUCAUAAAAUUGAAGUGCUGUUAGCAGAAUGGAACAAGAAUGCAGACAUGCUCUUUAGUAUCCACCCAAUGGAUGGAUCCUUACUGGUGUGGCAUGUUGAUUGGCUUGAUGAAUAUCAGCCCGGGAUGUUUCGACAAGUGCAGGUUUCAUUUGCCUCGAGAAUUCCUGUGGCCUUCCCCACUGGAGAUGCAAACUCUCUCAGCAAGAGUAUUGUUAUGUAUGCCUGUACAAAAAAUGUAGAUCUUGCUAUUCAACAAGGGAAACUGAAGCCACCAGGCAUGACACAUUCCACAUCUGGCAUGUUAAUCUCUGCUGGCCAAAAUAAAUCAUCUGGUAGUUUAAAAUUGAGCAUCUUCACACCUAAUGUGCUCAUGAUUUCAAAACAUGCAGAUGGAUCCUUGAAUCAAUGGGCUGUCAGUUUUGCAGAAGAAUCUGCAUUUUCAACUGUCCUUGGUGUAUCUCACAAGUCACGUUACUGUGGUCACCGCUUUCAUCUCAAUGAUUUAGCUUGUCAUUCAGUUUUGCCACUACUGCUGACUACAUCCUACCACAAUGCAAUACGGACACCAGAUGAUGGAAAUCUGCAUAAUGAAAGCAGGAAUUUUCACUCUUUACAAUGCCAUAGUUCAGUGUCAAGAAAUAAAAGAGACAUUGGUACAGCUGCAGCAUUCCAGGAUUCCAAUGCAAUAUACAGUGAACUAAUUCUUUGGCGAGUGGAUCCAGUUGGGCCGUUGUCGUAUUCUGGAGGGGUGUCGGAGUUAGCCAGAAUCAAUUCUCUCCAUGUUUCAGCCUUUUCAAAUGUGGCUUGGCUGCCAACUUUAAUCCCAAGUUACUGUCUAGGCGCAUAUUGCAAUUCUCCUAGUGCUUGCUUUGUGGCAAGCGAUGGCCAUUACUUGAGAUUAUAUCAAGCUGUUAUUGACGCUAAAAAGAUUUUAAGUGAGCUUUCCAAUCCAGAAAUCGCUAGAUUUGUUGGAGAGGUUUUCAAUAUUGUAAGCCAGCAAUCAACAGCAAGACCAGGCUGCAUAAUAGAACUGGAUGCAAUCACUGAGCUUUAUGGAAAAGAGACUCAGUUACUUCACGUCUUUAAGGAGGAUUUUAUAUUAGUUAAUCAAUCCAAGAAAAUGCAGCAAAAGGGAAGACAGACUUCCACUGAAAACAGUCCUCAGCAGGAAGCAGAAGAACCACAUGAUGACUUUUCAGAAAAGUUCUUUUUGGUGGUCAUUGAACAUAAGCAGAACAAUCGUUCAGUAUUGCAUAUGUGGCAUUUACACCUGAAAUCGGAUCCAAUAUCUGUUGAUAAUGCUACUGAAACUGCUUUGUCACCUCUAGAGGAACAGAAUGGUUUUGCCUCUGAGAAGUUGCAUUCUCCUUUCUUCAAAAAAUACCAGGCUUGUAAAGCAAAUUUGCAAAGCGCCAGUCGAUUAGCUCUGAACUCAAAAAGAGUUUAUAGCCAAGAAUUAGCUCUGCCAGAGGGCGUGGAAAUCAUUAGAGCUACUCCUUCUGCAGGGCACCUGAGUUCUUCAUCAGUUCAUCCAGCUUGCCUUGCUCCAUAUCUUCUAGCAACUUCUUGCUCGGAUGGAAAGGUCAGAUUCUGGCGAUGUCAGGUGUCAGCUCAUUCAGCAUCAUCUGCAGCUGGGGAUAGCUUGGAGAGUAAAUUUUCCUAUUGUUGGGAAGAAUGGCCUUUACUGAUUGAAGGAGGAGUUGUGAACAGCAGUUCUGUGAGUGUACCAGGAAGACCAGUCGAUGUAAGCUGUUCUUACACAAGCCGACUUGCUGUGGCUUACAAGCAGUCGAAACCAGUUAAUGAACAUUCCAGUAAACACUUCACCAUGCAUGUGGGUAUAUUUGAAUGUGAAUCAACAGGAGGCUCACAAUGGAUUCUUGAACAGACAAUCCACCUGGAUGACUUGAGUCACACAGGUGCCAUAUUGGAUCCAAGAAUCAGUAUUGAUAGUAACUUAGUGAUUUACAAUAAGCAAGAAUCACAUUUGACUGAUCAUCAAAUGACUUUUGAAGCAAAACCUUUGGUUCACUUAGAUUGGGUUUCCAAGGAGGAUGGAUCUCAUGUCUUAACAAUAGGAAUUGGAUCUAAACUUCUAAUGUAUGGGCAGGUUUCUGGAAUGAUACAAAAUCAAGCCAAGAAAGAAGCACCAGCAGUUUUAUCUUUGUCUUUGUGGGAUAAUGCCAAAGAAGUAUCUCAGUCUAGAUGGGUGCUUCUCAGAAGUGUGGAUUUGGUUUCUUCUGUGGAUGGAUCAUUGUCAUUGCCAGUUUCACUUUCUUGGGUGCGUGAUGGUAUCCUCGUGGUGGGGAUGGAUUGUGAAAUGCAUGUUUAUUCACAAUGGCAACCACAUGACAAAUUGGAUCCCGUGAUAACUGAAGCUGAAAGCGGUAGUACUCCAUCAGUGGUUAGUCUGGCAAAAUAUGGCACUGCGAAUGGUUCCAACCCUUUCCUGUACAGAAAAAACCUGACCAGGUCAAUGACUGGGCUUGCUCAGAAAUUUGGUGGUAAAAAGAUACCAUUUCAAUGGAAUAUUGAAAUGGAGGACUCGGGCCUUUUUGAAGCGUCUCAUGAUUUGUCUCCCCCUCUGCCUCAGUACCAUCCUUUGCAGCUUUUGGAGUUAAUGGACUUGGGUAAAAUCAGACGGUCCAAAGCCAUCCUGUCUCAUUUAGUCAAAUGUAUAGCUGGAGAAGUAAUCACUAUAAAUGAUGCUGAAACAAGCCACGAACGACGACUCAGAUCUCUGACGAUUAGUGCAAGUGGCAGCACGGCAAGAGAUCCAUUAACGUCAAAUAAAAGUGAAAAUCCUGACUAUACAGAAAUAGACUCUAUCCCCCCUCUUCCUCUGUGUGCACUUUUAGCUGCUGAUGAAGAUAUUUCUCAUACCACUUUUGAAAAACCAAGCAAACGACCUAAUAUCAGCAAGAAAAACUGCAGACAGUCAACAGGAAGCAAUUAUGAUGAAUUAUUUGCAACGUCCAACCUCGGUACAGAUUUACUCGAUAGCUUCAGUGUUGAUGAUGACAAUAAACUGAAGAUUAUUGACCUUUCCCAGUACAGUCUUACCUACUUUGGUCCUGAGCAUGCUCGAGUCCUUUCUAGUCAUUUGUUGCAUUCCAGUCUGCCUGGUCUUACCAGUAUGGAGCAAAUGUUUUUAAUGGCAUUGGCAGAUACAGUGGCAACUAUCAGCACUGACAUCGGAGAGAGCAGAGAGAGAACCCAAGGUGGAGAGACCCUUGAUGAAUGUGGAUUGAGAUUUCUUUUAGCCAUGCGGCUCCAUACAUUCCUGUUGACAUCAUUACCUCCAGUCUAUCGAGCACAACUUCUUCGUCAAGGUUUAUCUACUUGUCAUUUUGCCUGGGCCUUUCAUUCAGAGGCAGAGGAAGAGCUGCUAAACAUGAUCCCUGCAAUACAAAGAGGAGAUCCUCACUGGUCAGAACUUAGAGCUAUGGGGGUAGGCUGGUGGGUGCGCAGCACAAACAUUCUACGCAGGUGUAUAGAAAAGGUUGCUAAAGCUGCAUUCCAGAGAAAUAAUGAUCCUUUAGAAGCAGCUAUAUUUUAUCUCGCGAUGAAGAAAAAGGCUGUAUUAUGGGGCCUGUUCAGAUCUCUCCAGGAUAAAAAAAUGAUGGAGUUUUUUGGAAAAAAUUUCAGUGAUGAUAGGUGGAGGAAGGCUGCGUUGAAGAAUGCCUUCGCAUUGUUAGGUAAACAACGAUUUGAGCAGUCAGCAGCUUUCUUCCUUUUGGGUGGUUCCCUUAAGGAUGCUGUUGAGGUUUGUCUCGAAAGACUUCAUGAUGUUCAGUUAGCUCUUGUAAUAGCACGCUUGUAUGAAUCAGAAUUUGAAGUGUCAUCCACUUACAAGUCUAUACUUGUCAGAAGAAUCCUGGGAUAUGAUACAAAGAGCAAAGACUUUAACCUUUCUCUAAGAAAUUCUGAUCCUGUAUUGCGGAGUAUGGCAUAUUGGAUAUUAGAAGAUUACACCAACUCUCUGAACACUCUGUUGGAACAGGGGAUGAAAGAAAAUGAUAAUUCCAGUGUGACAGAACACAGCAAGUCUACGUCAUGCAACCCUGGGGUAUUUAAUUUCUACAACUAUUUGCGAACCCAUCCACUUUUGUUGCGACGACACUUUGCUUCUUCAGAGAAGACAAUGUCACAGAUGGGUUUAACAGUGGAAAGUGGUCUGGCAGAUAAGAUCAGCUUAGCUGAAAGAAGGUUGUUCUUUUCAACUGCAAAUGCACACUUCAAAGCCGGUUGCCCAAUGUUAGCUCUUGAAGUUUUGUCUAAGAUGCCAGCAGUCACAGUGAAACCAAAGAAUUUACAGAAUGAAGCAAGCUCUUAUUUGACAGUUAAUUUUUCGUCUGAAGAAUCUGAACAUAGAGUUUUGCAUUGUGAUUGCUCGUCAUCAAUAGUCAACGGUUUGGGAUCAAAAGUUCCAUCCGAUUGGCUGUCAAACGGACAAUCCACUUCAUCUCUUAGUUUUGAUUGGAGUCAGUCAUCUCUAACUUUUGAGGACCAGCCAUUGGAAUUAAAAUGGGAUAGUGAUAAGGAAGAUGAAGAGGAGGAGAUUGGCCUGUCAAUGAAGGAAAUAAAUCCACCGUGCUCCACUGCUGCAAAGAUUGAAGGAGAAAGUUACUGUAAUUUCUCGAGUUCAGCUGAUGAUUUUUUAAGUCCAUCGGAAGAUGUCAUUGCAGCGCAGUUAAAAUUUGGAGCUUGUUUGAAGAUACUUACUACAGAGCUGCGUACAUUGUCUACUGGAUAUGAGGUUGAUGGUGGAAAACUCCGCUUCCAACUGUACAAAUGGCUUGAGAGAGAAAUUACAGCCCUACAGAAAACAUGUAAUUACAAUGUUGAUCUUGAAGCUAUCAAAGAUGGUUUUGAAGUUGCUGACAGUGAACAGGCAGAAAAUGGCAUAGUUGACCAAGAAAAGUCAUUACAUCAGCAAGAGUAUUUGCAGCGUAGGAGACUGUGGCUUCUGCAAAAUCAACCACUCCUAAGGAUGUUUCUUAGUUACUGUAGUCUCCAUGGGUCUCAUGGUGGAGGCCUGGCGUCAGUCAGGAUGGAGUUGAUUCUUCUUUUACAGGAAUCGCAGCAGGAGCAUUUGGUGAAACAGGUCACAAGUCCUUUCAUGCAACUUGCAUCAGUACCCCUCCUGUUUGCCUGCACCGCAAGUGCCAAAACUGUGGUGGCUAACCCUAGACUCCAUCUGAGCAACCUUACCCAGGACAUUGUGCAUACUAUUGUAGAAUUUGAUUCUCCUCCACAUCCAGACAUGCGAAAUAACAAGAUCUAUGUAAUGCACACUGUAGCAGCUUCUCUGUCUGCAUGCCUGUACCAAUGCCUUUGUGAUGGCCAUAGUUACAGUUCUUCGUAUGCAAACCAGUUCACUGGGAUGGUAUACCAGAGUUUUCUGUUUGCGCAGCAACGUUCAAACAGAGCAGCAAGUUUAGAUGGCACUGUAACUCCCAACACUUCCCCAGACCAAUGGCCAGGUAUAAAGGAACUAAUUCAUCUCUUGAAUUCUGCUGGAGAUGAGGAUAAACCCAAAUUGACAGUCCUACUUUGUGAGGUAUUGACAGCGGUUUACCUUAGUCUUUUUGCUCAUGGCUUGGGAACGCACUCCAGCAAUGAGCUCUUCCGCCUUGUAGCUCAUCCCCUCAAUAGCAAAAUGUGGGCUGCAGUUUUUGGGGGAGGUGCCCAGCAACCUCUGAAGAACCAAGUCCAACCUAAGCCUGUAACAGGAAGGUGGUUACCUGAGCAUAGUCAACAGCAAAUAGUAAUGUACUCCGUGGAUUGUGUGGGGUUUUCAAAAGCUCUUGCAAUCAUCAAUUCUGCGCGUUCUGGAAGUGCAGCAGAGGUAGAAACAAUAGAAGAGUUGCCUGAUUUAGAGCUGAAGCUUGAAACUCCUCAUUUCCAUAUAUCUGAGGCUGAAAUAGUUGAGGUUACUGCUGAGGUUGAAGGUGGUACUCCUGAUGAGCAUCACAACCGUUUCAAGGGCACAGGUUCAAAAGCAACAAACAGAGAAGCACCCUCUCAUAAUUUUUCUCUUCCAGUUGUCAGUCAGGACAUUCCAGUCUGUAAAGAGAAGUUUAUCCCUCCUGAACUUAGCAUCUGGGAUUACUUUAUAGCAAAGCCCUUCCUUCCCACAGUACAGAGCAAAUUUGAGUAUGACUCGGAGGAAAGUCAGGACAGUGAUGAUGAGGAAGAUGCUUUUGCUUCAGACACACAGCUUCAGGAGCAUUCAAAUCCUAACUCGUUCAGCUGGUCAUUGAUGCGAUAUGCUAUGGUACAGUUGGUGCUUCAUAAUUUGAAGAAGUUUUACCCAAUGGCAGGGCUGGAUCUUUCAGAGCUCCCAGUUUGUUCCCCUUCUUGCCAUGCAAUUUUAAAAACUCUUCAGCGCUGGGAACAAGUGUUACUUCGGCGUCUUGAAUUAUUUGGUGGUCCUCCUCAAGAUUUCAUCUCAAUGUAUGCCACUGAAGGCACAGUGUCUUCAGGUCCUGCUCUCCUCAUUCAUAAAGCAUUGCUGGAACCCACCAAUACCCCAUUCAAGUCAAAACACCACACCGCUCUUCCUGUUAAAAGACUUUGGCAAUACCUUGUGAAACAGGAAGAAGUACAAGAGAUUUUCAUCAGAAAUAUUUUCACAAAAAAAAGAUGUCAAAAUGAGUCAGUAGACCCCUCCAAUGAAACAGACAGAAAUUCUAUGAUGGAGGAACCUAGCAUCAACAAGAGUUGCAAUAAACAGGCGGAAGCUGAUUCUGGUUAUUCUGGUGGAAGAGCAAGGAUCGUGCAUAAAGAAUCUGACAUCAUUACAGCAUUUGCGAUUAAUAAAGCUAAUCGGAACUGUGUUGCCAUAGCCACAAGUCAUGAUAUCCAGGAGCUCGAUGUGUCUGCAAUCCUGGCUACCCAGAUCUACACUUGGGUUGAAGAUGAGUUUGAACUGGAAUCAAAAGGAUCUGAUGAGUUUCUGGUUGUUCAUGCAAGAGAUGAUUUUGGUGAUUUGCAGUGCAGCACACCCUAUACUCCCAGUGUUCCUGGCACUCCAAUAAAUAUGCCAUGGCUGGGCAGCAUGCAGACUGGCAGAGGGGCAUCUGUGAUGAUCAAGAGGAAUAUGAACAAUGCCAGAAGAAUGGCUUCACAUCCAACACUGCCUUAUUAUCUAACUGGUGCUCAAGAUGGUAGUGUUCGAAUGUUUGAGUGGGGUCACUCACAUCAACUAGCAUGCUUUCGACCUUCUGGCAACUCCAGGAUAACGAGAAUACGAUUUAAUCAUCAGGGUAAUAAGUUUGGAAUUGUUGAUGGCGAUGGAUUCCUGAGCUUCUGGCAAACAAGCCCAAUUGCUUUAGGAGCUACACCAAAACCUUACCUGACCUGGCAGUGCCAUAACAAAACUGCAAAUGAUUUUGUUUUUGUUAGUUCCUCUACUUUAAUAGCAACAGCCGGACAGUCUACUGACAACAGGAAUAUCUGCCUCUGGGAUACACUUGUGCCACAAACCAAUAGUCUAGUUCACGCUUUCACCUGUCAUGAUAGUGGAGCCACUGUUUUGGCAUAUGUAUCAAAGCAGCAACUUUUGGUAUCCGGUGGAAGAAAGGGUUACGUUUGUAUAUUUGAUCUACGUCAGCGACUGCUGCGUCAAACCUUUCAGGCUCACGAUUCACCUAUAAAGGCAAUUGCUUUAGAUCCAGCAGAAGAAUACUUCAUUACAGGGUCCGCUGAGGGUAAUAUGAAGGUUUGGAGUUUGUCUACUCACAACCUGAUUCACACAUUCUCAAAUGAGCAUGCUCGACAGUCACUCUUCAGAAACAUAGGAACGGGAGUCAUGCAAAUCGAGACUGGUCCAGCAAAUCACAUGUUCUCGUGUGGAGCUGAUGGAACAAUGAAGAUGCGAAUCCUGCCAGAUCGUUUUAGCACAGGAAGUGGGAAGUUAGAUAUCUGGCAAAAUGAUGUUAGAUUUAUACUAUGAUAAUAAUAUUGUUACAGAGCCCUUUGACUCAAUACAUAAUAUAUUUUAGUAGAUCUGAAUUUGUGUUAAGAGAACACUGGUGUCAACAUGGAAAUGUAUAUUGAGCUGAAGUCGAGUUUAUUAAUCCUUAAUGCACUGAUGCCUUAAGAUUGUAAGCUUAAGAAUUUUGUUAAUUAAAACUAGGAAUUAUUGAAUCUAAGUGUGUCAAAAUGUAUGAAUGAAGUAAUUUUAUUGUACAAUAAGAAAUAUGUUGCUGCUAAAAGAAAGCUUUUCUCUAUUGAUACAGGUGCCGGUAUUUUUUUUGAAGUGUCAAAAUGUACAGUGCUUUCAAGAGAAUAAAAUAGUACACGAUACAAUAAUUAUCUUUUUUAUGCUUGUAUUAAGAGUUUGUAUACAAUGAAGUUAUCAUUUGAACUGUGAGCAUUCCUUUUUUUUUUGGCCUUAGGAAGCCCCUGAAAUACAAGCUAUUAAUACUUAGUUUUGCUUAAACUCUUCAAACAAGAGAAUGUAGCUGGUGUUCCAGGAGUCUGUGGCAACAGAGAAUUAAAAACAAACUUGCACAGCAUUUUACAACAAAUGGAAAAUGAAACGUUUAUUUAAAAAAAAACUUCAUUUUGAACUAGAUCUGUAAAUAUAGCCCACUAAAGCUUAAAUGGUUCUUCCACUAAGACAAUAAUAUCAAAAUUAAUUAUCUUUUUUGUGUGCAGAUGCACACAGCCAUGGGGAACAAUAAGAAGUAACCCUUACUGCCAGUGCCACUUUGUCAGUCUAAUAAUGGAUGUACUGUAUUGCAGUCGCGUCAAGAUUACUCCGUAUCUGAUUUAAUAAUCAAUAACCCAUGACAUGGGGAAAUCAUGGACACAAAGCUCUAUCUUGUACUGUGCUGAUGUGACAGUAAAUGGUUUUAAAACAUUAUUUGACCUUAACAAUGUAAUUAAAACUUCGCUAUAACAAUGUCAGAAAAUAUUUGAAUGCUGCAGUGAGGCAGUAAAUUCAACGUGGACAGUUAUCUUAAACAUUUUCAGAUGGAAAAGAUUAAUGAUAUGCAGAGUUGUUCUGCUUUUCAAUAAAGAUACUUUGUAUGAUUAAAUGUUUAAAUACAAUACUUGAUUGAAAAUAAUCCAAAGCAGACUAAUAGCUUUUCUUUCUGUCACCAAGAAAUGUUGAAGUAAAAGCUGCAUAUUUAUAAAUUUGAAUUGGUUAUCCAUUGAUAGGAUAACUAAUGCAGAAUGUGUUAAGGAGUAAUCACUUAAAUUUUGAGCCAACGUCCUCAACUUCAGCAUUCAAUAUUUACCUCAACAUAUGUUAUGAACCAUUAUGAUCAGCAUUCCUAUUUAGAAGCACACAGCAUUUCCAUAUUUGUGUUGUUUCAAAAUGUUGUUUUUGGAUGUUUCCCAUCACUUCAGUUAGCAAUGAGGGUAGUAUAACAGUUUCCUGUAGACUGACUUUAUUGUCCCAGUGUCAGCUAAAGAGACCUACAGAAAUGAACACGGGAUUACCUGGCCAUUUUAUUGGUUUAAUUCCCUUUCCACACAAGGAAUAGCUAUUCUUGCCCACUUUCACUGAUCAAAACUGAGUGAAAUCAGGUAUUCAGCAGAUUGAAAAGCACAAAGCUAAACGUUUAGCUUAUCAAUCUAUUCAAAGCCAAAUGUCAUUGGUCCACUUUUUAACCGGCUAUUUUUGUGCGAGUCAGUUCACUUAAUUUAAAAAGGUAAGCACUUUUCAUUUAGACCAGCCAAAGGUUCAAUUAAGAUUAGGGAAUAGCAAUGGUACUUUAGUCAAACAGCAGCUACUUCAUUACAAGAUUCAGAUACCAAGUAUACUGCAAUACAAAUCCAAACUUGUACAGUUGGAAAACUUCCUCACAUUGCAUCAAAUACUGGAACAGUUAUUACUGUUUUGUGGGAAAGAAAGCGUAUUUGCUAUUAUUACAUGCACAGUCAAUAUUGGGAAUAACCAUUCUAUGUGUAAAGAUCGUAAUAGUUCGUUUAUUGUGAAUGGCAUCACCUUUUUCUAUGGGUGUUAUAACCUGCGUGUAAAACAAAUAAAAUAUUUUAUGGAUUGCUUAGCAGAGAGGAAUAAAAUCAUUAGUUUUUGCAAUGGGUUCACUUUUUAAUACUUAUUUGGCAUAUGCUAGUGUGUGGAAUAUAAGACUAAGCAUUGUCAAAUGCACAUUCAUUUUAACUGAUCACAGUUUAAUGUACCUAUUUAUUUCAUCAAUUAUAUGAAUUCUUGCUUUGCAAAUAUCUUACUAAAUAGGCACUACAUGUAAGCAUUUCCAUUAAUCUUGAUAUGUAUAAAGAGCUUAUUUAGUAGCAUUUUUGUUUGUUAUAUACUCAGGAUGUUUUUGUCUUUCCUUUAAAACAUUUAUUUGUGCAACUAAUUUUACUGAGUUUGUUUAUUUACAAAGUAAGAGUACAACAAUAGAAAGGAAAAAUAUGGAAGGAGAAAAUCUUCAUUUUAAUUGUGCAAUAAAUGUACUAAUUUUAAAGAGUUAAGUUUAUGAAAUGUUAUUAGUAAAUCUGAGAAUUUUCUUCUUUACACUUUCUAUGGAAUAUUCUGUAAUUGAUUUCAAGGAAAACUGCACUUGUUAAUCAUCGUCAAUGACUUCAAAUUGCCCAAAGUUUUUAGAUGCAGCACCUUCCACAAGUGAAAAUUAGCCUUCUGACUUGAAUUAUAAUGAAAGAAAUAUGUAAUCCCAUCUUUGAAAUUACUGGUGCUCAACUUCUCUUAGACGUUGGCCAUGCUGACUUUUCAAACAAAAUUGUCAAUUGUGUUGUACUUAAAUAAUUGUUUCAAUAAAACAGCUGCAGAAACAAGGAAAA